AUCUAAUUGGACUGUUUUAUUUUAAUGGACCAAUCAGCAAAUCGAUUACGAAGGCAUUAAGAAAAUGGAAGACCACGGGAGGAAGGUUGCUCCUGGUGAACCAGUAUCAUUUCGUGAAGACUUGGUUGCUACAGCUGUGAAGUUCCUACAAAAUCCAAAGGUUCAACAGAGCUCCUUGGAUCAGAGGAAGGCCUUCUUGCAAAAGAAAGGAUUGACCAAUGAGGAAGUAGAAGAAGCAGUGCAGAGAGCUGGUUGCCAGAAUGCCUCUUUGUCUAUUGGAGCAGGGAACCAGUCAGUCAGUGUGCAGGGUCCAGUGGUUCCCAGCAAUGCCAUAGAGAAGAGUGGAUGGACGAGAUCCAGGGAGCUUCUUGGUAUGGUUGCCAUGGUGGCAGGAUUGUCUUAUGCUGCACACAGGCUGUACAAGGAAUUUCUGCGUCCAUGGUUAUUUGGAGGAGUGACAGAUGCGAGUAGGCUUGAGAUACUGGAAAAGCUGGUCAACCAAUCAAACGAAAGAUUGGCCAAAAUAGAGGUCUCUCUUGAUGAUCAGAAGGGGAAACUGCAGGGUUUGUCACAUGAUGUCAACAGGAAAUCGAUGGAAGGUACAGGCUGGACGCAAGCAGUUCCUGGGCUUAGUGAGCUGAAGACGGAGCUUAGUUCCAUCAAGGGCCUUCUGCUGAACAGACGACAAUUUCCACCAGUGCCUAGUACUACACCAAUAUUGCCAUCCUGGCAACUUGCCAGCAACUCUGGGGAUGCUGAUUCUAACAAGAAAGGUAGUACUGAUGGCGUUCAAGAAAUUCCUAAAAUAACAUUUUCUGCAUCUUCCAGUGGGGCUUCCCCAGAGCUGCAUGCUACUCAAAAUAGUACUGAUGAUGUCAUAGAUGAAACUGUUGUUACUAAAAAUAACUCAAGUGACAAUGAACCUGAGGAUUUCACCGCAAGAAACGCAACAAGUAAUUUAGUAUCAAAGGUAUCCUUUCACAAUGGGGAAAGUGAACAUUUGAAUGAAAGCAAGGAGGAUUUGGAGGAAUCGAGUUCAGAAAAAGAAUUUGCGAAUCAGGACCUGGAAAAUGAAUAAUUAUGAAAUUCGUUUGUGAAUAUGUUAUGAUGAAUCAAAAUAUAAAGUAUUGUAGAACAUAGCCACUUAAUUGAUUCUAUUGUUCAUAUAUCUGGAAUAUCUGAUAGUGGUUCAGCAAUUAACUAUUGCAGAAAAUUUAAUGGAGUUUAUUCUUCAUUUAGUUUGUCUUGAAAAUUUCUUUAAAUAUUUCAUUUGAACGAAGUAAGAUUUGUUUAAAAUAUUGGUUUUAUCAACAAUUGAUAGUGAAAGGUUAUUGAGGCAUCCACUGGAGAUUCUGUUCUAAAGUAAUACAAUUACUAGACUUUUUGUUCAAAUAUAACCAUUGAGAUUGUGAUAUGAUACAAUUAUAUAACAAAUGCAGUUAAUAGUUAUUACAAAUAAAUGCAUAAUAAUUGCUAUUUUGUAAACCACUGUUAGUCAGACAAUGCAAGCUGUAUUUAGAGUUAGUUUAAACUUUAUUUCAUGCAAAUAGUGCAUGUAAACAUUAUUCAAAAUAUACAGAUACCAAAAUUGAA